GUCACUGUGAUUAAUGAAUAUGCUUUUGUAUCAUUUAUUAAUAAUAGCUGCAGGACGGCCAAUAAUCAGAUGGAUAUAUUCUGUCAAGGCUGUGCUAUCGCGCGCGGACGCAAACACACAGGCAGACACACAUUCAUUUCUGAAGAGGUGACACACACAAUUCA